UCUAGCUAGGUCACAUGCGAUGGCACUAGAGGGGAUUAUUGUUCAGCAAGAUCCAUUUCAUUAUGCCUACACAGACUACAGCUACAAUGUCACACAUCACACCUUUGAAGAAGAGAAACCAAACCCUCAAAAUCUUCAUAUUUAUGGCUCCAAUAGUGGGGGAUAUUGGGAUUCUCCUGCUGUCAUUUCUCCUCCCGGGAAGAGGCGGCGGCGCGUGAAGUCCACAAAGAAUAAGGAGGAGAUGGAGAGCCAGAGGAUGACUCACAUCGCGAUGGAGAGGAACCGCCGGAAACAGAUGAACGACUACCUCGCCAUCCUCCGCUCUAUAAUGCCCCCAUCCUAUACGCAAAGGGGUGAUCAAGCAUCAAUAGUUGGAGGCGCAAUAAAUUUUGUCAAGGAACUCAAACAACUCCAACAAAACCUAGAAGCAAAUAAUCCGGCCAAUCAAAACCUCUUCUCCAAUUUUUUCACCUUCCCACAAUACUCAACUCGUCCGAGCGCCGCUGUGGACGCGGUGGCGGGCAUCGCGGACAUCGAGGUGACGAUGGCGGAUUGCCAUGCAAACAUCAAGGUAUCCACAAAGAGACACCCAAAACAACUACUUAAAUUAGUCUCCACAUUUCAGUCAAUAGGCCUCACAAUUCUCCAUCUUAACAUAACCACCGUUGAUCAAACCGUGCUCUACUCUUUCAGUGUUAAGGUGGAGGUUGAAUGUCAGCUUACUACAAUAAAUGAGAUGGCCACAACUGUGCAUGAUAUUUUGGGAAUGAUUCAAGAAGGCAAUUUGUAACUAAGACAGCUAGCCUACCACACAAACUGCCUUGACAUAUUGUUAGUCUAGUCCAAGAAUUUUAACUAGUGGCCAAUUAAAUAAAGUAAGUAUGGUCAAAUCACUGCCUCUUUUUUCGCAUGAAAGUUUAGAAAUUUAUGUUCAACUAACCUUUUAAAUAAAUAUAAGUGUACGUUACUUUGUGUGGGAAUAUUUUUGUACUAUAUUAUAUGAUAAUUAUAACCUUUGUUUUUUUA